AUGGCCCACACGAUGAGCGCUUGCCAGACGGCUAUGCGCUGGGCUCUUUGUCGCCAGGCGCUGCCGGCCCCAGCUAUGCGCCUUCUUCCGCGGCGAGUCCUGUCAUUCUCCACAUCGAGUCCGCGAGCGGCACCACCACCGCCACCACCUCCACCACCGGCACAGGAGCAGGCCGCCCCGGUCGCAGGAAGAGCAGGGGAGGCAGCCGUAGCAGAGUCCGAUGCCAAGAAGUCUUCGUGCCCGGCCGGGACGGUGCUGGCGGGCCUCAACUACUUCAAGGGCCGGACGGACCCGGUCGCUCUGGCCGACGAGGAGUAUCCGCCAUGGCUGUGGGACUGCCUUGACGUGAUGAAGAAGACCACGACAGCCGAGGACGAGGACGCCGGUGACGAGUUCUCCAAGUCGAAAAAGCAGCGACGGAUGGCCGCCAAGCGGCAGCGCGACCUCGAGGCCAAGAUGUUGGUGACGGGCGACCUCGAAGCGCUGGCACCCAAGAUCCCGCUGCAGCACCAGACGAUCAACCUGCCCGUCGGUACGGGCGGGCCGGAGGAUCUCGAAAGCACGCUGCUGGCGGCGGCCAAACGCACGGAACUGCGGGUAGCGCUGCGCAAAGAACGACGGGCCACGAUCAAAGAGAGCAACUACCUGCGGUCAAUGUGA